ACAGUUGACAAGUGAAGUGAUUUAGGGACGUAUGAUAUUAUGCCAAAUCUGAUGUUCUUAUUCCAUAUUUUUGGUUAAACUUGUUAAACUUUGUUGAUCAAACUUUUUUAAGUUGCAUUUCGCAGUUGCAUUUAGUGUUGUGUUUUGUUGAAUAUAACGCAAAGAUUUAGUAAUAGUUUGUUAAAAGUGUUUUUGAUAUGUACUGCAAGCUUUGUUUUUAAAUUCAAAUUAUUGUGAUAAUUAUUUAUGACAAGCAAACGCGGUAAAUCUUCAAAUGAAAUGGUUGUGCCACGGAAUAAAAACAAAAUACUCUGCUCAACACCAGAACACAGAAAUGAUUCCCCAUCAAGAGACAGUGAUUCAUUGUGUGAUUCAGAUUCUGCCAGUCCAGUCCCAUUUCUAUGUACACAGGAUGGUACUGAAGGAGAAACUGAUGUAAUAUGGAACCAUUAUACACCAAAGUCAGGAAACAGGGCACAUUUUAAGAACACAACACCACUAAGUAGAAGAUCUAAAAAAUCCUUAAGACCUAAAGUAUUAGAAAAACCAUUACCUAGAAGAAGAGCAAUAAGACCAUCACAAAAGAAAAAUGCACUCCUACAAGAACUUCUAGAAUUAAAUCAGAACUUGCAUGAAAUAAUAGGUAAUAAGGCAGAAAAAAAUUCAAUUCCGGAAAGAGAUGACUCUGAAGAUGACAUAUUUAUAGAUAUACAAGAGUUUUCUCCAAAAAGUGGUCUAAGAAGUAAUACUUGUUUAAGAAAAAAUCUUUUAAGUUCAAGGUUUUCUAAACCGGAACCUGAAGUCGGUUUAGAUUCGGACGAUUCAAUGAAUGAAUGUUUAUUGAAAGCAACUCAGGUUGUUGAAGAGAAUUUAUUAAAAGAUGAUAUGAAGCCAAAAAAUGAUGUUGCCAGUAACAAAAAUAAAUGUACAAAUUCAUCAUUUAUCAAAAUAGACCAAGAUUCUAUGGAUGCAAUACUUAACAGUAUUAAAUUUGAAUCACCAUGUGCAAAACGGGUUAAAAAGUGUAAUUCACCGCAACUUGUAAAUGAUUCAUUUGAUGGAUUUGUUGGUAAUUUAAAUGAUAGUGCUUUAGAAAGACUUACACAAAUGCCAACAAAACCUAGGACUACACAUGAACCAAAGACUAAGAAAACAAAUGAAUUAUAUUUAGAUUUUAAUGGUUCAUUUUCUAAAUCAUUUAGUCGUCAUAGUUCUAUGCCAGAAUCUCCAUCUGUACCGCAGCCCAAUAAACCAUCAACUAGUGGUAUGGCUUUUGGAAGAUACAGUUCAAUGCCAAUGGAUAAAAAUCAAAUGGAUCCAAGUGAUUCUCCGAUAAGAUGUACGCCAGAUGAAAUUAAGAAGAAACAUCAGAUGGCUAGAGAAAAAUUACUAGCGAAAAGACAGUUACCAUUUACAUCAUUGCCAUGUUCAAAUACACUACCUUCAAUACCAGAAAAAACCUCAUCGAAUAAGUAUAAAUUCCAGCCUAAAGUUCCUAGUGAGAAAGCAUUUCUGCAUUCUAAAUUAUCUAAUAAUGUUAAACCUAAUUGUAAUAACCCACCGGUGUCAAAUCAAAGGAGUAAUUCUGAAGAUAUAAAAGCAAUCAUUGAGAAAAAGAGACAGGAAGCAUUAAUGAAAUUAAGACUGCGUAAGCAGACACAGGCCAAAACAUGAUUGUCGCAUGCAAUUAUUGUGUUCUAUUGAUAAGCAAUUAUUGUUGUUUUUUACGUCACAAGACAAGUAAAUAUCAAGUGUGUAAGGGGCUUAAUUUAUAUAUUUUUUUAAUAAGGUAUCAGUUUUUGAUCCUGCUAUGCCAUAAUAUAUCUACAAUUAUUAUAAGUGUUUAAUGAGAAUGUGAUUAUACU